AGAGUGCGCAAAGUAGCUGUCAAACAAAAAGUCAAAAAUCUUUUAAGAAGAACGGGAGGACGACUGGCAGUGCAUCAGAAAUGAUUUUCAAUACUUAAUUUCGUUAGACUGGAGUUAUGUAUGCCUAUACGCAUUCGUUUGAAGAUAUUUUAUCUUGUUGUUUAAUAAACAGUACUUACGCUAACGUAAGACACUAUGGUGCAGUGUCAUCCGCCGUUGGAGUUAGAGGAAUUGCCAAAAGAAGACGAAGAAAGACUAGAAAAACUUUUUUCUAAAUUAGAUAAUGAUGGAAAUGGAAAGAUUGAUAUCCACGAUCUCUCCGUCGCCCUGAAGGAGCUGGCUCCACACAUCAAUCGAAGCUAUGCAGAGAAAUUCUUGGCAAAGUCCGGGAAGAAGGAUGCCGGCGAUGUCACUCUGUCCGAGUUCAUCCACUACGUCAGAGAGCACGAGAAAAAUCUCAUGCUGCAAUUCUCGCAUCUCGACAAGAAUAAAGAUGGAAAGGUGGAUCUGGAGGAACUUAUAUCUGCAUUCGCUGAUCUGGGCAUCGCCAUCGGUAGAAACGAAGCCACCAAUCUUCUGAAACGGAUGGACCAGGACGGCAGCUUGAAUAUCAGUUACGAUGAGUGGAGAGACUACCUGCUGUUGGCACCCGCCACUGAUAUCCACGCUCUCAUACACUUCUGGAGACAUUCCACAUACCUCGACAUUGGCGAGGAUAUGAACGUGCCAGAUGACUUCACACAGAGCGAACUGCAAACUGGCAAGUGGUGGCGACAUCUAAUGGCGGGCGGCAUAGCCGGCGCGGUCAGUAGGACGUGCACAGCACCGCUGGACAGGCUCAAAGUGUUCCUACAGGUUAAUCCUACAAGAGAGAACAUGAGCAAAUGUUUAGCAAAAAUGAUUAGCGAAGGCGGUAUAACCGGCCUAUGGAGGGGGAACGGUAUUAACGUGAUCAAAAUUGCGCCCGAGUCGGCUUUAAAGUUCGCCGCAUACGAACAAGUGAAAAGGCUGAUAAAAGGCGAGAGGAAAAAUCAGCCUCUGGAGAUACACGAGAGGUUCAUAGCCGGAGCUAUGGCGGGCGCUAUCAGUCAGACUGUGAUCUACCCAUUGGAGGUGCUAAAGACAAGAUUAGCUUUAAGGAAAACCGGACAGUACAGCGGUAUUAUGGACGCAGCUAAGAAAAUAUAUGUGCGCGAAGGUCUCAAAUGUUUCUACAAAGGAUACAUUCCAAAUAUAUUGGGCAUUGUGCCGUACGCGGGUAUAGAUCUCGCUGUCUACGAGACUCUGAAGAAGAAGUACAUUAGUAGAUAUCAAGCUAAUAAUGAACAGCCCGGCAUAUUGCUACUAUUGGCGUGCGGUAGUGCAUCGUGUACGUUGGGACAGGUCUGCUCUUAUCCUCUGGCACUCGUCAGGACGAGAUUGCAAGCGCAAGAGAAAGCGGCCAAAGUGUCAGAGGGCACCAUGCGCGGUGUAUUCCGCGAUAUAGUCCAGCGGGAGGGAGUGCGAGGCCUGUAUCGCGGCAUCACGCCUAACUUCAUCAAGGUGAUACCGGCCGUUUCGAUCUCGUACGUCGUGUAUGAGUACGCGAGUCGAUCGCUGGGCGUCAACAUGACGUGAUCGACCCCCACACCAAUAACAAUAGCCGACAUCACAUUCUAUCUUAAGCAUAUUAGCAAUUUUGUAUUUGAUUGUACAUAGCUCUCGUGUUAAGCGCUAUUAUUUAUUCGUGAACGUAUUACAAUUUGUAUUUGUAUUUUUAUUUUUUUUCUUGGCACCGAGAAAAAAGUAUCACCCCCGUAUGUCGUUGCGUUGGUUAAUUAAUUUAUUUUGAUACUUGUGGUAAAGAGACAUGGUUGCAUUUUAUUGAUGGAAAUUCAACUGAACUGAGUUUAAUUAUUGUUGUGAAUGUUUGACAGGCCGCGCCGAGUUGCGCGAGACGAUUCUGUGAUUAUAAUAAAUUAUGUAAUUUUUA